CUAUAUUGGUACUAGGGAUUUGCGAAACUUUUCUAGUGAAGGAAGUAUUCAAGUUACCAACGGUCGAGUUGCCAGAACCUUCAUGUCUACAAGGAACAUGUAGUUCUAGCGGGAAAAUUCACAGACUAACGCAUGUUGGUCAUGUUGGACACUUGGAUGUGUAGGGGUCAUCCCCGAAAAUUUUCCCCCAAGCGUAAAAUCGAGUUGAUCGAUCCCUCGAGGAGUUUGCGUACUGGCAAACACCCACGCAUCAUCGGCAAAUUGUCAAUUUUCCAUACUUCCGAUGUCUGGAGUCGCUGAACAUAGUAGCAUCCCCGACAAAGUUCGUGUCAUCGAUAAAUAUUCAGGAAUAGAACUCUAAAAGGUAAUAUUCCUGAAGAAAAUGCCGUCAGUCAGGCGAAUGAUCCUUGGGCAUGUGAUGUCUGGAAUGUGCACCAGGAUGAAUCGAACGAAACGAUUAGACGGGGAUUCAAUGGAAACCCCAUUGAAACGAUGUUUAACAACAUUCGAUAUGACUCUAUUGGGUGUCGGCCACAUGGUGGGUGCCGGUAUAUAUGUCCUCACCGGGAGUGUAGCCCACGAGAUAGCAGGCCCAGCAGUGAUUCUAUCAUUUCUCCUAGCGGGUCUGGCCUCGCUUCUCGCAGCUUUCUGCUACGCGGAGUUCGGGGCCCGAGUCCCAAGAGCAGGCAGCGCCUACGUCUACACUUAUGUAUCAGUUGGUGAAUUCUGGGCAUUCGUAAUUGGUUGGAACAUAAUCCUGGAGCACAUGAUAGGCGCGGCGUCGGUGGCCCGCGCCUGGUCGGGCUACGUCGACUCUCUCUCCGGUGGAGUCCUCAGUAAUUGGACGCAAGAGGCAUUCUCUGGCCUGGAAAUGGGCGAACCCCUGGCUCAAUUUCCGGAUCCUCUGGCUGCCCUGCUCUGCCUUUUCUACGCACUCCUCCUCGGUUGCGGCGUUAAAGCCUCGGCGCGACUCAACUCCGCUCUGACCCUCGUCAACCUCGCAGUGAUUCUCCUCGUUAUUACUCUUGGGUUUCGUUACGCCAAUUUCGAUAAUUGGUGGAAUUCCGCUCAUGGAGGAUUUCUCCCAUUUGGUUUCACCGGCGUUCUGGCUGGAGCUGCCAGCUGUUUCUACGCCUUCGUCGGCUUUGAUUCGAUCGCGAGCUCGGGGGAAGAGGCGCGAGAGCCCAGUCAGAGUAUUCCCAAGGCGACAGCUCUCUCGAUGGCUAUUGUCACAUUGGGAUAUGUCAGCCUCAGUGGAAUGCUUACCCUGAUUGUUCCCUAUAGGGAUAUAAAUCCGAGUGCUGCACUACCGGAAGCCUUCGCGGCUAACGGCGUCACUUGGGCUAAGUACGUUAUCAGCAUCGGUGCACUUUGCGGCAUGACGACGACUCUUUUCGGCUCUCUCUUCUCCCUUCCGAGAAUCAUGUACGCCAUGGCUAGCGAUGGAUUGCUCUUCUCAUUCCUGGCUCGAGUCAACGAGCGAACUCAAAUUCCCUUGAUCACUCUGGCUAUCAGUGGAAUUUUGAGUGCACUCAUAGCACUGCUCUUCGAUCUCCGGCAUUUGGUGGAAUUCAUGUCUAUCGGGACGUUCCUAGCGUACACCAUCGUAUCGGCUAGUGUCAUUGUUCUUCGAUAUCGACCGCAUCAACCCCUCGACGGACUUCCACAGAGCUUGAGGUGCAAAGAUAAGACAAGUGAAUUGGAAUCACCGGCAAGUGACAGCUCAGCGACAAGCAGCAGCAUUGCUGGAUCCUCAUCGCCUGAUCAUUCUGAGUUACUGGACAGUGAACAUUUGAAUCCCGUUGGUCGUUUGAAGAAACGCUACACAUGGCUGUCAAACAUCAUUGGCUCCUGGGAGCCAGGCACAGCUGUAGUCGCUGCCGUGAUCAUCUAUACCGGUGGAUGUGCCUGCAUCUGCAUCCUCACAAUCAUGAAGAUGGAGACCUGGUGGGACGACAUCCUCUACGUCUAUAUGCUUCUGGUAACAGUGGCCAGUCUUCUCGUCAUUGGAGCUCACGAGCAGUCACCUCCGGCCAACGAUAAAUUUCGAGUACCUCUCGUCCCCUGGAUCCCCGCCCUCAGCAUCUACACGAAUGUUUUGCUUGUCAGCCACCUACACAUUCUGACUUGGUUCCGAUUUCUUAUCUGGAUGUUUAUUGGAAUGUUCAUCUACUUCUUGUACGGUAUCCACCACAGCAUUGAGGCGACUGGUCCCAACUCCUAUUCCGUUCUCAUGACGACUCUGGAAGCCGAGCAAGCCCAAGCACGCAGCAAAUGGGGCUCCGGUUUAAAAUUCAAAGCGGCUCGCUCGCAAUCUCAGAAGAAUGCCGAUAAACAACCGAUUCUAUCGAGUGACUCAUACAAUCGUUAACUUUUCAAUCAAGUACAAGAUGAUGGUUGAAUCAUUUUAGUUAUAAAUACAAAUACCGAAUCCCCACGAUUUUUGUUCAACCAAAAAAGACUGCAUUCAUCACACUCACCACAUUCAUCAUCCAACAGUCGCUGAGCGUACAAUGGACGUUAGAUUUUCUAUAUUUUUCUCGAAAUAGAGUGAAUUAUUAGCGGACGAAAAGUGUUGAUCUAUUCAUAUUUUAUGUUGUACCAUAGGCCUGUAGGGAAUUCAGCGCUCGCUAUUUUCGUCUGUGAUUAAUGUUGUAAAAUUUCAGAGAAAUACAUCUAAUUUGAUCAAGA